AUGUUUCAUCAAGUAAAGGUCCCAAUACAUGACAGCGAUUGUCUGCGUUUUUAUUGGUGGUCAAAUGGCGAACUUGAUAGAAAACCUGAAGUAUAUAAAAUGAUGGUUCAUUUAUUUGGUGCAGUAUCGUCCCCAAGCUGUUCGAAUACAGCGCUACGCAAGACUGCUACAGCUAAUAAGGAUGAAUUCAAGCUGGAAAUCAUUGAUACUGUUCUAAAGAACUUUUACGUAGAUGACUGCCUCAAAUCCUGUGAUACCGAGACGAAGGCAAUAUCCGUUGUACAAGACCUGAUAAGUAUCUGCCACAAAGGAGGAUUAAACUUAACCAAGUGGAUUACCAACAGCCAUAUGGUCUUGAAAUCAAUUCCUGUAGACAGUUAA